AUGAAGCAAAGGAACCGCUUUCCGUCAAUAGAGUAUGAGCUUGAAAAUAUAUCAUCUCCAAAGAUGAAGACCAGCACGCAAGAAGCUCACAGCUUCUUGCGUGCUAAUGACUUCAUCAUCGAUGAUGAAGCUAGGCUUUUCAAACAGAUUGCCUCUAUCAAAAAUAAGAGAGAGCCAACCCAGGCUUCGAAUAAUGAUCAUAAGAGGAAAUACCAUUUGAUGCCAGCAAAUCUGAGCAAAGAUUCCAUUCAAAAUUAUGAGGAUGCUAAGAACUCCUUCCUGGAGUUGUGCCCCAUGAAGAAUUCUUCCAACAUUUUCUUUGAGAGCAAAGACAGCGACUCAAAGUGGAACGAUGUGUUCGCAACACUUAUAAAAUAAGGAAUCUUCAGGAAGACAUAACACUGAUUCUCGAGAACCCCCAUCAUAUGAUAACCCUGCAGUCACUAUUGAACAUGUUGAUUUCAGUGCAGAGAAUAGGCCACAUGUGCUAAACCAUGUCAAACUGACACAAGAUGAAAAUGCCUUAGCAGCCCCAGUUAUCAAGUACAAGCCCAAAAAGAUCAUUCUGAAGACUCGUAAUAAGAAAUUUAACAAAAGAAAUACUGUUUCACUCAGGAAAGAUAUCAUAUAUAACCAAAUUCUAAAAGACGCCUGUACUCUUAAAGAAUCUAUUAACGAGUCAAAGAAAUUCUACAGUUCACUUAAAGACUCAGGGACCAGCAAGUUUAAGGCCUUUAGUAGAAAGAAAAAGAGGCAAUCCUCAACCUCCCUGCUUGAGAGAACUUACAGUAAAGUAUCCCAAAGAAAAAGCGUAUUAUUGCAAAGCCAAGAAGUGAAAGAGAACAAGUUUAUUCUCCCUUUCCGUAAACGAAUGAGCUCUAUGGUGUACUCUUCUAAUACAAGUUCAGCUCUAAGGCUUCGUAAACAAGCCCUUAAUAUUUCAGGGAUCGGGAGAAAUUCACAAGUAAAUCCCCCCUUGCUAAAUGUUGCCCAACUCUCACAUAUAAAAGAGGGAUCAGACCUUGAGAACUCAUAUAGAAAAUCAGGAUCUAUGAGUGUUUCAGAUUCAGUUUCGAUCGAGUCUGGCAAGCCCAAACCCUCAAGGCCCAGUUCUAAGUUACGCAAGGGAGUAAAGACCAGGCCACAGCAAACUCUUCAAAUAGCGAGGCUGUCUAAAAUUUCACAGAAAUCUAAACGAGUGAAACCCUUAUUCUCCUCGUACUCCAAGACUAGAGCUAAGAGAGAUCCUGGAGCAGAUAGGAAAGAAGUUCUUCGAAGAGUUUGGUUUUUAAUUUUCCUCCUCAAGAACCAUAAAUACAUUCUUUACAAAAAGUGGAAGAAGAGUCCAACCCCAGUGAUCCAAGCAAGCUUGACCAAGAUUGAUCAACUGCUCACGAAGUUAGCCAAAGACGACAAAAGUCUUAAAAAUGACCAGAAAUUCAUCCUAAAAUUUAGUGCUGAGUACUUCAGAGGUUUCAAAUCGAUUCAUGGGAUCAAAUUUGACUCCUACAUAACCAUGCUUCUUGAAGCUCAAAAUAAUAGAAAUUAUCUCAAGGUCAGUAAAUUUGAAAUCAGCUAUCUUUCUUCCUUGGGCAAGCCAAGGAAGAAAAGACUAUCAAAAUGCCGGAACCAGCUUAAUUUCAUCGAUGCUUGGAGAUUGCAUAAGAAGUCAGCAUCAAGGAAUGCAAGAGUGCACUCCUCGUGACAUGGGCAUCAGCCAAAGCUAGUGAACAUUAAGAAGACAAUCCAUCUCUACUCUCCUAAUACAAGUUGUCAAUUUUAAAAUAAA